AUGUCUACGGUCGUUCCAGAAGUCACCUGGGCGCAACGCUCAUCCAGCAGCGACCCGGAGAAGAACUACGUCUACCUCACCAUUGUCGCGGCCGACGUCCCCGAGUCAGAUCUCAAGCUCGAUCUCAAGGAUUCUUCGCUCAGCUUCAAAGGUGCCUCCACGUCCAAAAAGGUCACAUACGCUGUGGACAUCGACUUCUACGCCGAGAUCGACCCCAAGGAGUCGAAGAUCAGCCACAGCGGUCGCGAUGUUUCAUUGGUGCUACGCAAGAAGGAGCUCAAGGAGGAGUACUGGCCCCGCCUACUCAAGGACAGCAAGAAAGUGCACUACUUGAAGACCGACUUCGAUAAGUGGGUCGAUGAGGAUGAGCAGGACGAAGCGCCCGAAGACGAUAUGAUGAACCAGAUGAACCCGAUGGGCGGCGCUGGCGGUCCUGGAGGUGAUGGUGGCUUCGGCGGCAUCGACUUUAGCAAGCUCGGUGCAGCUGGAGGCGCCGGUGGCCUCCCUGGUAUGGGCGGCAUGGACCUGAGCAGCAUGGGCAUGGGUAUGGGAGGCGGCGACAGCGAUGAGGAGGAUGACGAUGAUAUGCCCGAGCUUGAGAAUGACGAGGAGAGCAAGGACAAGGAGCCUGCAGCGGCUGCAGCGUCGACCGACAAGCCCAAGAUUGAGGAGGUCGCGUAA